GCUGAAACAAGCUUCAUUUCCCAGAUGGGACUCGAGCCAUUCCGGCUGUAGACGUGGUGGAGAACAGCCAGCAUUCUGAGGAGGAGGGACACUAAUAAUAAUAAUAAUAAUAAUAAUAAUAAUAAUAAUAAUAAUGCUGCAUUGAUUGUUCCGGUUUUCAACACAAUAACCUCAGCACUGAUAGAAUCCGGGUUGCUUUGAUCGCUCCAUGGCGACAAGUUGAUUUGAUCGCUGGUCAGACAGAGUUGAAAGCGGUUCGAGUCCCUUCCUCCUCCUCCUCCUCCCACUCAGGGUUGGAGUGUUGCGGCGACUUGGAUACAUUCAUUACCGGUGAAUGCAACAUGUUGUUUCGGCGCGUGUUUGCAGUGGAAGCCCGUUAUGUCUGGUCCUACGUGGCUGCCUCCGAGAACUCUGAGUAGCCCUGAGAGACCUGCAGCACAGAUGUCACACUCUGGACCUGCUUUCUACAGACCACCCAAAAAAGGUCCACCUGACCAGAGAGCCAAAUAUGGUGUGUAUGACCAAAAUGGAGCAGCAGGUGGAAAUGGUGUACCGUCAAGAUACAUAGCCACUGGACCCUCAGGUGGAAGCAUGCAUCACCAGCACCAAGAUGGCUAUUCAGGGCCAUCAUCCUAUCACCCACUUUCUCCAAAAGGAGAGCAUUAUUAUCCCCCAGGGCAUGGACCCAAAGAUGACCACCUCUUCUGGAGCACACACAUGACCAGCUAUGAUCAUCAUACACGUGGGCCUGAUAAACACCUCUCUAAUAUCGAUGCAGAGAUAGAUUCUCUCACAUGCAUGCUGGCUGACAUGGACAGCCAUCCCCAGAACACAAGCACACAGCUAUACGACAAUGUGCCUUAUAACAAGCAUCUCCACAGCGAGCGCUACAAACCGUCCAACCAGACCGGUGCUCCUUCUCAGACAAGACCCUCCAUGGGUUACCCUCCUCAUCCUCAAAGCCAGUACCAUCCUUCUCCACCUUAUGCGUCCACCCCAAAGCCUGAAUACGCCUAUCCAUCCCCAUCAUCGUCCGCCCACAAACCUUAUCCCCAACCAGUGCCAGCCUCCUACACCACUGCCUCCACCCCGAGCGGGCCACGCUUCACCGUGCAGGUCAAAACCGCCCAGCCGGUCACUUAUUCCCAGAGCGGGAGACAGGCAGAACAGGCCUACACCCCGCCCCCUCCUCGCCAGCAUGCUACUUGCCCUGCCCCACAGGACCGCCCACAUUACUCCGAAGUCCCAGGGCAGGGACAGGGUUGGUAUCCACCACCCCCACCUCCAGCCCAGCAGGCCCAUGGUGAUCCAGCAGUGUAUAAGGCAGGCUCCGGUGGUGUUCAGGUGCCAAGCAGGGUACAGGGACCACCAGGAAAGAAAGGGCAAGAGCACAGCUAUCAGGCUAGUAAGGGAACAGUGCCAAGACCAGAGGAAGAGUUGGAUCGUCUCACUAAGAAGUUGGUGUAUGACAUGAAUCAUCCCCCCACGGAGGAAUACUUUGGGCGGUGUGCUAGGUGUGGAGACAACGUGCUUGGUGAUGGGAGUGGCUGUAUUGCUAUGGAGCAGGUGUUCCAUGUGGAGUGUUUCACAUGUAUAACCUGCCAUGCCCAACUCCGAGGCAAGCCUUUCUAUGCACUGGACAAAAAGAGUUACUGUGAGAGCUGUUACAUUAGCACAUUGGAGCGCUGCUCAAAGUGUUCGAAACCAAUCCUGGAUCGGAUCUUGCGGGCAAUGGGGAAAGCGUAUCACCCACGCUGCUUCACCUGCGUAGUCUGUGGCUGCUGCCUCGACGGUGUUCCCUUCACCGUGGAUGCCACUUCACAGAUUCACUGCAUCGAAGACUUCCACAGGAAGUUUGCCCCCAGAUGCUCUGUAUGUGGAGACCCCAUAAUGCCUGAGCCAGGUCAAGAGGAGACGGUGAGAAUUGUGGCUCUGGAUCGCAGCUUCCAUGUCAACUGCUACGUUUGUGAGGAGUGUGGUUUGCUCCUCUCGUCUGAAGGAGAGGGUCGAGGCUGCUACCCUCUGGACGGUCACAUUUUCUGCAAGAGUUGCAGUGCCCGACGAAUCCAGGAUCUCUCUGCCAAAAUCUCCACUGAUUGCUAACAACAACUUUCUGUUCUCUUUCACUGCUUCGGGUUUUUUUUUCUUUUUCCUUUUUAUUUUGUACCUUUUGAGGGAUAUUCAAAGAAGUGUUCACAGUAGGUUUAAACUAUCCUUUUAACCCCCCCCCCCCUUUAUAUUAGCAGGCAACUAGGCAAUUAAUUAAAUUUACAUACAUUAUAGCUGAAUUAUACUCAGGGUUUAUAUUUGACAGGAGCCACAAAAUAAGAAUGAAGUCUUUUGCAUAGGCCACUUUAAGAGGGCAAGUAAUAUUCUUAACUUUAAUGAGCAAGAUGAUUAGUUUAUAGGGGUAAUAAGUAUUCAUUGUGAAUAGCCUGUGUGUGCAUGCAUACAUGUGUGGUUAUUCAUACAAGAUGCUGAUUUCUCGGUGAAAGGGCAUGAUCAGUUUUUUUUUUUUUUUCCUUCUUCUACUUUAUAGCUAUAACUUACUGUCACUGAGAAUCUGUAAUGUAGCCAUCGGAAUUAUUUGAUUUACAUUAAACAAUCAAAAUUAAAAUAACCCAACAAAUCAUGACAGUAAUAAAUUGAAUUUCACUAAAAAUGUCUAUUGUUCACAUCCUCUAGUUAAGAUCUAUAUUUAUUGGUCCCGUAUUCCACAAACAGCAGGGUCACGUGACACUAAUUUAAUUUCGCCUCUGUGCAUAACACUCUUAAGACUAAUUUCAUAUAUUCUCUACAGGAAAUGUUAGACACAUCAGUGAAUUAGAACUAGAUUAAUACUAGAACUGAUCAGUUGUUGAAGGCUCUCACUAUUCUGUUUAAUACCUAAGACUAAAUGCUAUCUUUUUGUGUUUAUGCCACAAUUAGCUCCAUGGCAGGAUACAUUUUGCUGAUCUGUGAUCAGGUUUUUUAUUUUUUAAAUACCAGAACCUUACCUUAACCACCUUAGAUUAACAUAAUGCCGCAGUGUUAAAACACAAUUAAAUGAAGGAACGGUAUUUUUUUUUUUUUGUAAGAUUCAGAAUGUUGAGCUUUGUGAAAGGACAGCCCUACUGUAUUGUGCAGAUUGAUGUGUAUAUGAAAUAGUACCUUAGUAGUAAAGUUGCCUAUAAAGGGAUUUAGAGAUGUAGUGAAAAUGAUUUGCAGGUGAAGUGUGUAGUCAGCUAAAUGCUAUGAUAUAAAAAGAAACAAAAAUGAGACUGGUGGUCUGCAGUUCAGUGCCUCCUUAAAAUAAAGUCCUUAAAAUAAAGUUGUUGCUUGCAGCCCUCAUGGCAGACAUGGUUUCAAAUUGCAUUCUGAAGAAAACGUAUUCCUAAUGGGUGUAGUUGUGUUUUUAAAAGCAACUAAAACAAAGAGCACCUUGCUCGCUGAAUAACCAAUGUAGGAACUGCAACCAGGUAAAUAAAUUUUUUUUUUUUGUUCCAUCUCAGUUGCUGGGGAUAUUUUAUUCAAAACACAUAUUGCAGGUUGUUGCCAUCUGUGGGUGGUCUUUUUUUUAUUUUUUAUGAAAAUGCCCUCAUUAUUAGUUGAGCCUUUCAUUUGUCCUUUCUGCUGGUUAAAAUAAAUAAAUUGAUUUUUGAUUCAA